AGAGUCUAGACUUGGGUCUGCUUAGGUGGCCAGAGCUGACUCGGGUACACAGCGUUCCUCCCAGCUUACAGGAGGUGCUGCUCACAUCAGAGAAAAUCCGAUACUUUGGAAUGGGAGAAUAUCAGAGGAAAGAGUCUGUGAUACGGCCACCGUGUAGUUCCUGGGUAGAACUUACAGAUCUGCCACAACCCAAUCCCCAUUAAGUUCCAGGCCUUUGAACUUUGUUUUGCUGCUCCUCUGCCCCCCAUUCCAAGCCACUACCUCCCCUCCCGCUCCCCGGGUGGAAGUGGCCACAUAAAAGAGCUUUCAGCCAGUUACUGCAGACACUCACGCCAGACACCUUCAGAGCAUUGGGAGAAGACCAGAACUUAACCCAAACACGCAUAGAGACUACUACCAUGAAGCCCUGGGUUCUCCUACUCAACGUGAUCAUCUAUGGGGUUGUGAUGCCUCUGCCUGUGCUGGGAGGCCUCAGGAACAAGACAUUUUUUUCAGUUGGAAGAAGAGUGGUCGAGCAGUGCUGGAUACAGCCUCUGUUACAGUACUGUGAGAAGAGGUGCACUAGAUUACAGGAGUGUUUAUCUCCCAAUCAUACAUGCUGCUGGACCUUCUGUGGAAACAUCUGCUUGGACAAUGAAGAACCCUUUAAAUCCAUGCUAAACCUCUAGGCUCUAGCUGCCCCACCACUGAUGUGGGCUAGAGGAUGCCCAUGUAGUCUAAGAAGAGUGCUGCCUGGCUACCUGUUGAGUUAUUCCCUUGCCCUGGCUGAGGACCAUUCUAUUCUCCCCUUGAUCUCUCUGUCCUGAGAAGUUUCAAGUCUCAGCCAAAUAAACUGACAACCAACCCGA